AAUUAAUUACCAGAGUUGUUAGCCUUAUGUAAGCAAAUCAUCUUGUCUUGCUAAACUUUCAUUGCAGCUAGUUUAAGUAUUCACAGCAGGAUUCCUAUUAUUUUGUUUCAUUAUCCUUUAUUUACUAAUAAAGCUGUUUUACGUAGUGAUUCAUAUCUGGAAGCAAUUUAGUAUGUCAUCAUGCUCCUAUUUGUUGUCUUCAUUAAUGAAAUGAGAAAACAUUGUCAAUCAGACAAUGGAGGUUGUUACCAUGAUUUAUAAAUUCAGUCCUAGGGGUAAGCAAAGUUCUGAUCAAGCAAUCUUAGGUCUGUUUUUGAGAAGGGCUGGAGUUGGGAUUUGCAGGUGGAGAUUAACUGGAUUUUUGUCUUUUCUUGGAAAAAAGACUAUGGUUUAUAGAUGACCGUUAGGGCUGUAUGUUUAGCUUUUUGUGGCUACUUAUAUUUGCAUGAAAAGACUGGUAAGUCUGAAGCGAGCUGGAAGGAACCUGAAAGUGUUGCUCACUGUAUAGAUCGUUCACCCUGUUCUGUAGGUAAAGGGAGGGAAUGCAAAUUGGAAUAUCUCACUUUUUACCUCGCUGUCAGUAUCAGCUGCAGCUGCAGAUGUUAUUGCUGGAGAGCAGGGUAUGGUGGGACGUAGACCUGGCCCUUGUGGUUUAUACUGUUCGAUUUAAGGCCGGUGAUUAAUUAGGUUAUCGCAUCCAUAGCUGGCGUUGCAUGCAUAACUAAGAUUGAUGUUGCUGUGGCAACCUGGAGAGAACAACUGUGCUGAAUUUCCCAGGUCUUUGAAGUAGGUGUUCUCCUAAUCCGAAACGGGAUUGAGAAUUCCCAUCAGCGCAUGAGGAGUGUAACUAAGAGGGGCCCUCAUGAGCAGAUUGAAAUCUUGCAUAUCUGACUCUCAGACCGAGUUGAGUAAAUUCCUGCUCCUCAUCAAAAGGUUAGAGAAAACAGGCAUUUGCAAGAGAUAAGACAAAAGGAAAGCCUGUGACUCAAAUUAAUCAAGAGCAAUUGAUUUGAAGACAAAUAGAAGCGAUGCAGGAUUUGAUGACUACUAUGAAAAUCAUGGGGUGCUUCCAAGAGGCCAUUGACAAAAAGGUUGGAAUGUGUUCCAGGUAUUGUGACUGGCCUGGAAAUAGAAGCAAGGAGGAACUGAACAUGAGCCAGGUCAGGACUUCACAGUGUUGUACUUCAAAUUAAAAUAGUGGUGGUGACGUGACACAUGCUAAGGUAGACGGAGGAAGACGUGAAAAUCAUAGGUGGAUGGGAGGGAUAACUUGAGGCAGAUGAGGAGGACUGUGAGGGGUUCAGAAGAACUGCAGGAAGGUGUGGAAAGCUUUGGGUGUGCUGCGGUAGAGGCAGAGUUUUUGGACUGAAUGCUACCUCCUGUGCUUCAGUGGUAGGGCACUCCUUGUAUCUGGGAGCCAGCAACUGCUCUCUCUAUUUGGGAAUGAAGUAUUUAAUACCAUUAGUCAAAACUGCAAGCCAGACACCUUCAAAAACAAACAAACAAAAACCCAACCCAAAAAGUCUGGGGAAAAAUAAAAAUAAAAAUAAUGCUCACUUUUUAAAAUGUUGGAAAAUGGGAUUAUUCAUUUUGGGUUGUUGUCAUUUCAAGGUCACGUUUAAAUGUAUUUAUUACUUCAGCAGUGAUAGAAAAUGUCCAAGCAACAUGACUUUCCUUCAAGCAGUACCCUUGAAAAGUUAAUUUUCUAAAAGGUUUCAAAAUGUUAAUGGAAAAAUAAGAAAUUAGAUUACCUUGCAGUCAGGGAACUUCUAGUGAGGUGUGUGGCUAUGAAAAUAUAUGCUAUCAUACGUUUGUACAAUUCCUUUUACCUCCUGGAAAGCUGUUUAAAGCUGAAAAUAGUUUAUUUUGCCUUUUUUUUUUUUUUAACAAAGAAGGAGAACAGCAGUGUGGGAAAGAGUCAGUGGGCCAUAACCUAUUUACUUUCAGACAGUUUUGUUCAUACACCGCAGUUAUGGACUGGUGAGCCAUUUCCCUGCAAGUUCAAUGGGGACAACGCUACGACUUUCAUCCAGUUUUCUCACUUUGUGGAUCAGCUUGUUCUCAGCUUGUUGAUCAACAAGGGCUUGGUGCAGUCUCUCAUUGAUGAACCUCCAUGACCAGGAGGCACUGAAAGGGCAGAGGAUCCCACUCUUCAUUUGUUGUCCAACUGACUGCUCGUUUGCAGGACUCUCACGUUUCUUAACGCUGCAGCCACCUUUUGGGGCCAUGCCAAGACUUGCUGCAGAGCCACCCAACAGCUGGGUGCCCGUUUACUGCCUGCUCCUGGUUCUACACCAGGUCUCGACAGAAGAGUAAGGUACCACACACAAGAAGAAUUGAGCCAUGGGGAAAGUGUGUCCAUAAUCACCACCUUCUGCUCUUCUUCUCCUCUUUGCUGGCUUAUCGGACAGCUUGCAGGAAACUUAGAAGUGGAGCAUCUGCUGAAGCAGUGGAAUUUCUGGGCAACUUGGAUUUUCAUUACCUCCUUUGGAAAAGAGACUUUGCAAUUAUUCUGGAAGUUACAAUGCAGAAUUUGGAUGAACUAAAACUUUUUUGCAAUUUCUGUGCAACAGAGGCACUGUGUUGCACUUUCAAGGCAAAAAAGGUUGUAGCAGUUGUUUUUCUUUAUAAAGGGAGAGAGAGAGGUAUUGAGUUUGGCUUGAGAAGUUAUGAAGUUCUAAGUUUCUGAUGUUUUCAGUGACUUGAGACUUGUGUGGAACUGGUACAGCUGCAGCCCAGGUUCGACUCCACGGGUUUCUUGCCUUUUGUAACCACUGAGAUGAAGAGGUUUAUUGCUGGGAUGUUUCCUUGCCGUGCUGCAAAGUAAAACCUUGUAGUGUUACGGAUCUUGACUGGAAAGUCAAAUUGGCAAGUCAAAUGUCAUCACGUGACUUAAUUAUCUACAAAACAUAAACAAUCAGCAGAAAUGGAAAUUGUUAUGAAAUGAACUGCGAAGAUUGAACAAAGAGCUUUCAAGUGGAAACACUGAAGCACAUAGUAACCAGACAUGAAAUAUAAACUAGAGCAAGGAGCAUAUCAGAUGGCAAAAGAAAAUAAAUGAUUGUUAGUCUUUGGAAUUUCUGCUUAUAAAUAGAGGACUUCCAGGCAGUUGAACGACAAAAUAGAGUAUGUUUUGAGGCAGAGAAGAAAGAUAGCUGCAGACAUGAAACAUCCAAUUUGUUUUAUUUAAGGGUCAAAUAAGAAAAAAAAGAACGGGUUUUUGACUCUAAGGAAUAGUUAUUUGAAAUUACUGCAACUAACCCAUCCUAUUUGACAAUAUAACUUGAAAUGGCAUUCUGAGAAAAGUUCUGAUUGAGUAACUUCUGGCACAUGUAAUAUAAUUUCAAGCCUGUGUUUCAAUACUGUCUCCUUCUGUUGUUCAGUCUGUUAUAGUUUUCCACUCUUCAAGAUGACACUGAAAAUGUGCCUACUUGGAAUUUACUAUACUGUUACUGAGGUUUAUAUAUAUAUAUAUAUAUUCAGGUACUAAAAGGUGAGCUAAUGCAUCAUAUAAGAAAAUUGUGGAUCAUGCCAGAAAAAAAAAAAAAAGGAUUGUGAAAACAUUGAACGUAAAUGCUUUGAAGACACAUACUCAUGAUACAACAGUCAGAAUAGACUGUGACAAUUUGGCCUGACUUCUUACAUAGCAGAGUACAUAAAACCAGUGAAAUGGAUCAAGUCUUACAUAUUAUUCUUUUGGGCACUCACACACACUUAACUUGAACUACCUUAUUAUUAUUUUUUUUUCAGUCAUUAGGAUUAACUCACAUUUUCUAAAUUAAAAAGAUUGCACCUGUAGGACAGGUAUUUUGAAGAGCUCAUAAUAUUAUUUGUUAUUAUACCCAAUAUUUUAUUUUAAAUCUUUUGUCAUAAUAACUUAUUUCAACAGUAAAAAUGACAGAAAGAAACAUUUUUAUUAUGAUUUGAAAAUGUAUAUGAUUUGAAAAUCAAGGAAAAUAAGAGAACAACUUGUGUGUCUCAAUUCUUUGUUUCUGGCACAGCCAAAGGAAUUGCUUUUUUCAUUUCAUCUUGAUAAUAUAUUGCUUAGUUUCUUGAAAGAAGUUUGGAAACAGGCUUCAAUCUCUGCUGAGUACUUGGACAAUUAAAUAAGUUCUGUCUUAAUAAUGGAAAGGAAUAUUUCCUGAAUAAACAGGCAGUUUGAAUUAGUUUGAAGAAUGCCUGAACACUUUGCAAAGUAAUCUCAUCAGCCUCCAUCAGAUAGUAGAGUCUGACCUGGUUGGCACUUAGAUGAGGGGAAAUCUUAAGGAAGAUGGAAGAUUUUGUAUAAAGGGAUUCAGUGUCUGCUUCCACUUGGUGUUUUACAUGAGAUUAGGAGUAAUAUUAAGUGGAAGAAGAUACCACUUUUCAAAUGAAUCAUCAAACUGAAAUACUUUGCUAGAAAAUGAAGAUAGUGGAGUGGGAGCAAGGAAAUCAUGGUUUUGUUGCUGAAAAAUUUCAACCAACUCAUCAAUUCUAGAAGGUAGAUAAAACCACAAAUAAUUUAGGCUUGAGUUAGGGGCUUUGGUUUCAGGGUUCAGGCUAUAUUUCAAAUAACAUACUGGUUGUUUGCCUACCUACUCACCUUAGCUACAGCUGGAAAGUCUAUUCUUAAAUUCCUGUUCUUAAUCAUUCUGCACUCCUGCUGGAUCCAGGCUCAGUUUUGCUCAAGGUAAGUUUUUACUGCAUUGGUGAACUUGUUUAAGAAUGUGCAUAUUAUUGAAUAGGCCCAUGUGCUUAUACAGUGCUCCUCAGGCAAGAUGAUAGAUUGAAAUUUUUUCUUGAUUUUUGCAAAAUAAAAUCAGAUCCUUGGAGUAAAGACCAUUUUAUAAAUUUCAUAACUGUUAGAUGGGUGUAAACUUAGAAGGUCCUGAAUUAUGCACGUCUGUAAAAUGUUAAGUCUCCGCUUUGCACGAACAGCGGUUUGUGUUGCCUUGUACAUAAUCUUUCUUCUUUCUGUCUUCAGGAUGGAACAUGAAGCUACCCAGCUAGAAAAGCAGCACGUGCACAGCGUGUAUGAGAAUACAGCUGCCUACUUUAAUGAUCUGCAGAGCAAAGCGUGGCCUCGUGUCCGAAACUUUCUGCUGGAGCAAAAGCCUGGCAGUCUCGUUGCUGACAUAGGUUGUGGAACUGGCAAGUAUCUCAAUGUCAACAGCCAGGUGUAUAACCUGGGCUGUGAUUACUGCGCACCGCUGGUAGAGAUUGCAAGGAGGAGAGAGGAUGAAGUUCUGGUUUGUGACAACCUGAACCUUCCCUUCAGGGACCAGUGCUUCAAUGCAGUCAUUUCCAUUGGAGUGAUCCAUCAUUUCUCAACCAAACAAAGAAGAAUCAAAGCAAUAAAGGAAAUGGCGAGGGUAUUGGUACCCGGCGGCCAGAUGAUGAUUUAUGUUUGGGCUAUGGAACAAAAGAAUCGUCGCUUUGAGAAGCAAGACGUGUUUGUUCCGUGGAACAAGGCCUUGUGCUCACGGCAUUUUUCGGAAUCGAAUCAAUCCGGAGAUAAGGGUGAGUUCGUGCAGGCCGUAAAAAGCCGAGACAUACACCCUGCCCAGGUCAUCAUCUCGGACUGCGGCUACCAAACCAGUCUGCAGCCAGAAACUGGUCCAGACCAUCCCCACAGCACGGACCACUGCUUAUCCAGAGCCUGCUGCGUCAAAAUUUCCGAAGAAGAAAACAGGUUUUACAGUGCUCUGGGAAGAUCUUUCCGCUCGUGGUUUUUCUCCAGGUCUCUGGAUGAAUCAGCCCUGAGAAAGCAAGCUGAGAAAAUGAAGCCUCUGAAGAACGCCGGGGAAUGGGCAAACAGUUCUCCGCCCCUUCAGCAUUCGCGCCACUGUAGUUUGGACCUAGGUCACCAUGGGGCACUGCUAAAAGAACAAAGUUUGGAUGACGAUGACGUGUUCGUGGAAAGCCUGCCUCUCAAAAAACCACAGUGGUCACCAGCCACAGACGCACUGAAGGAUUUAAGUUUAAAUGGAGGACACCAAAGUGUAGCUCGGGGCAAGAGUGAAGAAGCUCCGUUUAUGAAUGGCCCCGUGGAGGACAGGGACUACAGCUGUGGGUGUAAUAAAGAUGGUGCUGGUAAGUCUAAUGCCAGCAAGUUUUUCAAAAGAACUUCAACAACUGACUCCACUGACUCUGCUUUGGAUUCAGCAGUGUCCAUUGGGGACCAGACGGAUGCCAUGUUGGAUCCAAAAGCCUUCAUGCGUUAUUACCAUGUUUUUCGGGAAGGGGAGCUGUGCUCCCUGGUAGAAGAGAACGUGCCUGAGCUUCAGAUACUUUCCUCCUGCUACGACCAUGGAAACUGGUGCAUUAUUGCAGAGAAAAGAGGAACGUAGCUGGAAAGAGAAGGAAGGAGAGUUCAGUGACUGAGGAUUUUAAGCUGCUCCUUGUGUUCCUGUGAUUUUUCGGUGUGACGUGGACUCCGAUUCUCAUGUAGUUGUGUGCCAUUCAUUUCUAAGUUGUUAUCUCUCCACCUAUUUAACUCUCUAAUGCAAGGUCUGUAUAUAGGAAUGUAAGUGGUAAAUGAUAUUUAUGUUUUGUUAAACUUUUAUGAAGUUAAAAAUGGAGAAUUUUAUACUGCUUUUAGCAAAUGAUUGUGUUUUUAAAUAUACUUUUCUAUUGAAAAAUAAAACCUUUUUAUAAGACAAGGAUCAGGGCAUCUUUUGUGAGAAAUACCCUCUCAGUAGGAAGUUUAGACUUUGCUCUUCAAAAGAUGAAAAUGUGUCAUGUUACUGCCUGUUCUUGAAGCCCUAUAAAUAGAGACACAGGCACAUUGGAAAAAAUACUUGACUGUUCACUGGUGGAGUGCGUGCUGCAGAACUGGGAGCAGGCAUGGUCCCAGUCCUACUUGGUUUGGAGUAGAGUUGUUAAUGGGCAAAAAUUGUGUACAGAACAAGCUCUGCAUAUUCUGACAUUUGAGGUUUGUAUUUAAGAGCAAAUGACUGAACAAAUUUUGAACAAUAUUUUUGACUUUUUGUUUUAGAAAGAAUCAGAUUUGUGUCUCAGGUGCAGGUUAAGUUUUAUACGUUAGCUCUCACAAAUACUUUAUCUUAAUUUCCUUUGCUGUAGUUUUUCAUUGGUUAUGUGUACAUAAAAGUCAAAGGGAUUUGUGAGAGUAUCAGUAUUAUGUAAAGGUUACAAAAUAUCAAAUAUUUGAGAUACAUAUAUCUUUUUGAUAAGCCUGGGAAGCUAAGAUAAAAUUAAUAAAAUUCCAGUGCAUAUCUGGUCAGCUGUCAUAUUUGCUCUCCUUAUUCACUGACAAGAGAAUAUAUAUUAAAUGGUAUGUUAAAUAACACAGAUAGGAAGAGGAUACAAGUCCAGUUUGUAUAUGAAAUACAAAUUCCUCUCUUCUACAGUUUAAAUGAAUCUUUUGAGACCUGAAAGAUAAUAGAUUGCUUAAACAACUUUUGCAUUCCAUAUAAGGCAUAAACUUGGCUGAACAUGGUGCCCAGUCAUCAUCCAGUCACACUAGAUUGUAGCAGUUGCCCUCAUAUCAUUCUUUACACCCAGUUCUUUUACUCCCCCUUCAGUAGGAGUCUUAUGAUGUGAAAUUAUAUCUGCUGUGGAUUAAAUCCACCUGGCUUUUGAAGAUCAGUACUGAUACUGUAAUUGUUACCAACUGAAACAGGGUGGGGCUGGGCUAAUUGCCUCGUUAGCACAAAGUUUCUCCAUCUUUUAGGCUUUAUUUACAGUCAGUGGUUUUAGUGUAGGGCACAUCUUCAGUUGGUGUGACCUUCCAUGGAGCUGCACAAAUUCACUCCACAGGUGAACCCUUUUGAUACACCAGUUUUAGACACCCACAUAAUUAAGAUAUCUGCUCUAUUAGUGAGCAAAUAACUUUGAUUACAAAGCAACAGGAGUGAAAUAUCAAACUUUUCCAGAUUAUGCUCUGUAAGUAGAUUGAUUUGGGGUUGUUCAGUACAAAGCCCUGAUGGUGCUGAGUAAUUUUCGAUGUAGCUGCCCAGGAGAAUUCCCAUGUGGUAAUGUAUUACAGAUUUAUCUACUGGAGCGAUGCCUGUAGAACAAUCAUCUUUGUCUUCCUCGCAAUUUGCAAUCCUUGUACUUUGUCCUCCCUGGGUCUGCAAUGCUUGCACUCCCCACUGCCUUUUUGAAAACAAAAGUGUGGUUGGAGAACCAUGCAUCUGAGACUUCCGAAAUAUUAUUCCGCUCUGAAUAUUCCUUUCGGUACAGCCUGGGGCUGUGGUCCUCUGACCCCUACCUGAGAAAGCUGGCAGCAUUCCCUGCACUGCUGGGUCCAGCUGCAUCCUUAGGCUCCAGCUCUAGAAGCACAGGGCAGAAUGCCCAUACUGGUAUAUUGCAGAGCCAGCACGGGUCGUGCUGAACUCCACAUCCCAUCUGCAAUGUGCUCAUGUGGGGCUGGUGAGGCCUGCCUCAUUUGUUGGGAAUUUCUGGCAGAGCCUGAGGAUUUCACAAGAAAACCCAAUUGCUUCCAGAUAAGAGAUGUUGGUCGAUAUUCAGCAUCUCUGGAAUUUGGGCAGUAUUAGCAAUUGAUUAUCAUCCUAUAUCCAGUUUUGAAAGUUUGUCUCUACAUCCCAGCAUGCAGAAACUCUAUUACACGUAUAUAAAAAUAUUUAUAAAAUGUUAUUAAUCUAAACUGACAGCUGGGUUCAGUUAACUGGGAGAUGGAACAUUAUAAUUUGGUUAUCUGCACUUCUGCAGUCUGUCUGUGGAGUAUUUGGUGUGUGGUCAAGCAGGCUGAUGAAAUUUGGGGUAAACUUAGAAAGAAAAGGCUUCCAUUCUCUUUACAACAGAGACUUACUGUCCUUGUAAGAGGCUGAAUCCGUGUCUUGGGCUCUAGUGAAAACUUCCUGCUCUAUCAGCUGGAUGGAAAGACCUGUCAGCUCAAAGCCACUGAGGUACUUUAAACUGUUUGCAUGUUUAUAGACUUUCUGUGCAUUGUUUGUUUUGAGGUUGUUGCCUGGGGAUGCAUUUCACAAUUAUUUAUUUCUGUAUUGCAUUUUCUCUUAUUUUGAGCUGAUGCUAUUAAGUUGCAUUACAUACAAGUUUGGAUUGUGUUAUAAAUUCCUGGAAAAAGGAAAAGGAAGGUUUGGUAAACUGCUUUCUUUUAAAAUACUCAGUCUUCUUCUGAGGACCUAUUAUCACCAUGUAACAUAAUUUUUGUAGACUUGGGAUCAAUCAGCUGAGGUCAUGAAUGUGAGGUCGUGCAGACCUCAAUUCUUUGUUCCCGUAGGCAGUCUCCCAUCUAUUUAUAGAGGCUGCCUAUGUCUGUAACAGCUUUAUCAUUUCAUAAGAAGCCCGAUUACCUCACUCGGAGCAUGGUGAAUGUCUCUCUUGAUUGGUUUCUUUUUUGAUGAGGCCCAUCUUAGGCAAAAUGUAAUUUCCAGAAGGAUCCAUGUGAUCCCAAUCUUUAAUAGCUUACAGACAUACUUAAUGUGCUCAGAGAAGUGUGUAUACCAUUGAAAAGUCUAUAGUCAAUGAAUGAAUAAAUAAAUAAACCCCAGUUGUCCUUGCAUGCUAAGACUCUCAGCAGUGUCCAGAAUACAAGAUUUGACUGUUAUAAAGUAAAAAGUAAAUAUGUUCUUGUAUUUAUUGUCUGACAGAUGGGCAGUAGGCUCACCCCAGUUAUGCCAGUAACAAACCUCCUUCUGACUGCAGUGGGCUAGGAUUGCUCCUAAGCUCCUCAUCUAGCGUUAAGUGGCACAAGAAGUCUUGAUUACAAAAGAAAAGAUGUCCUGGUUUUUUACAAUUUAAUUUACUAGUGUUGUUGUCAGUCUGAACUGGCUAAACAAAAGCUGCUUCCUUAUUCCUCUUAGAUCCAAAUGGACAAUUUCAAUUAAAAAGAUACAACUGAACAGACUUAUUUUUGAAGGACUAAUACAAUUGCAAUCUUUGAUAAAUGGCAUUUUUGUCUUUAUAUUUUUAUAAUACAUGAAAAUAUUUGUAUUAGAAGCAAAGAAGUAUAAAGGAUUUUUUUGUACUAAUGGUGACUAAUUUAAUUUCUUCCAAGCUUAUGGUGUAGGAAUUUUAAAAGCACAGGUGAGGAAUGAAAGCUAUAAAUAUUCCAGCAGAUUUUCUUCUGGUAGAUAUUUAUAUACAAGUGACUUAUGUGCACAGUUUAAAAUGCUGAGUGAAGAGCUGCGUAUGUUCCACCAGCAGAAUGUUGUUAGUGAACUUUCUGGAUAGAUUCUUAAUAGAAAUAAUGUCUCUGAUCCUGCGUCCUCUCUGCCAUGCCAUGUCUUCAUCAGGCUGUGCUUAUAUCACUGUUGGGCUGUGUUCGUAUCGACAUUGUGUUGGAUCUGCAGGUCUACCCACUUUCUUGCUCAGCAUUUUUACAGGAUUUCUGGCUACUUUAGUACUCCAGGAAAACAAUGUGUGUCAGUGUUAAAUAUAUGCAAUUGUAUGUCUA